UGGACUGAAAGUACAAAACUGGCGGGGAACAGGAAUUUCAGCGGCGAACCGCCGCGUUCGACCGCCUAUUACUACGCUGAUCUGGAAAAAAUCAAACGUCAGAACGGGCAGGAGGAGCAGAAUGGCCGACCGGAGCGACAGGCUGGCAGACAAGACCGUCCGGACGACCGACAGGCCGACGGCCAAACUGUUCAGAGCCGAAACGAGCUGAGCGAAUACGUGGAGACGAAUGAAAUCUUCAACGAUGGGGCGGUUAAGGACGUCCCACCUCUCCGCGACCGGUGGAACAACCAGGACAGGAAGCUCGAGGAGACAUACUCCACGGCGGGAACGUUUCCGAUGCCGGAGCCGAAGGAAAAGGAACCGUUGCUGGCUGAACUUGAGGUCGUCGGUCGUGUGCCGCUGACGCAGUUGGACACAACGCCCGGCGUGAGAAGGAGCAGGAGUUGGUACUUGUGCUGCCCGAACAUGGGCGAGGAGGAGAUAUCGAGGGAGUCGUCGUGGAGGUAUUCCAGUUUGAGGCCGGUCACUGCGCCGCCUAUUCCCGGACAGAAUGGUAUACAUCUGGCGACCCAAAGCAGCGGGCGCGUGGAGGACGUAGUCAGUCUGCGCGCGGAGCGCGACGCGCUCGCACGUGCGCUCGCCAGCGAGAGGCAGCGCGCGGCGAGCGCGGCCCGGGCGCACGACGCGCGGCUCGCGGAACUGCACGGCGUGAUAGCUGAGCUGGUUAGGCGGAGGGCGGCUGAUAAACGAGCUAAAGCAAUACCGGAAGAGGAGGUUUCCGAUGAAUGCGAGUCCACAACGCAACCGGCUGCCGAAUUGGAGAACGAUGGCGAACUCUCUAGAACGGACCAGAACGAAAACUCGUCCAUAGUAAGUCCAGCUGAACUGCCGACCCCGCAGGAGCCGAAAGACCUGCCCGAGGACACGACCGACUCGAGUACUUAUGAAAUUAGGAUACAGCCAACCCUGGAAGUGUCCCCACCGCAGGAGUCAGAGAAUUGCUCCAGUUUGCGGCUGUCUGAGAGGGACUCGGAGAUCUGCGUCAGCACAGCCAGAUGUUGUCAAUACACGCGCGCCGCGCAUGGUUCAACGAACAGCUGUCAAAGGGAGAGAGGAUCACCGGCUCUGCUACCGCCGUCACCAGGGCGCUGCGAGUCGCGGCAGGCGAAGCUGGCGUCGCGGGUCCGCCUCAAGAGGACCGAGCACGAGACCAGCCAGCUCGCCAACGAGGAGUGGUGCGUGGAGGCGGCCGAGCGGCUGGCGCUGGACGUGUGCGCGCAGGCGGGCCUGCGGGAGGCGCUGGUGGCCGCUCACCACGAGGCAGAGGAGUCGAUAGCGGCGGAGGUGUGGAAGGCGCGGUGCGCGCGCCUCGCGGCCGAGUGCCGCGCGCUGGACGCCGCGCUGCGCCGCGCCGUCGACACGCAGCACAGGUUGUCCUGCGCGUGCGCAAUGCACGAAUCUUCGUCAGUCGUUCUGUGUGGAGCUCUGCGCGCGGCGGACCGGGCUCUAGAGACGUAUGAUGUUCUGCUGGCGUUGGCCGAGACGCAGCACGAUACAACUAGUACGGAGCGGGAAGCAGCACAAGCAGUGGCCAGGCGGCUUCUGCGCCGUCUGGAGAGCGGCCCCACGUGGGGACAACCGCUCCUGUCCCCCGGCCCAUGGCAUGAUCACCAUCAAAACAACCCAUCGGAUGAAGAGCUGGAGCCGUGGAGCAGCGAGAGCGAGGCGCGGCUGCGCGCGCACGCCGCCGCGCUCAAGCGCGACACCGUCGCCCUGCGCGCGCUGCGCCCCGCGCCCGCCAUGUACUCGCCGCACGGUCAGCGCGCCCGCACACCCUGGUACCUGGAGUGGUACCUGGAGUGGUACCUGGAGCGGUACCUGGAGUGGUACCUGGAGUAG